AUGAUUAUCCGACAAUCAGCAAUUCCAGAGAUGGAAGGUGGGAAUACCGGAGGAUACUUUGCUUUGCACAAAACUACAGGAGACCUUUUCACUACUCGCAGUUUGAACAGAGAGAGCGUCAACAAUUUUACCUUGGUCAUAGAGUGUUUUGAUCUAGGCACUCCAGCAAGAAGUUCUGCUAUGGAACUACAAAUCAGAGUCCUGGAUGAAAAUGACAACAGUCCUUUAUUUACAAGAAAUCAUUACCAAGCAAUUAUAAGUGAAGAUAUUGAAGAAAACUCAUCAAUUCUUGAACUGUUUGCUUUAGAUGCAGAUGAAGGUCCAAAUGGAAAGGUUGUGUACACUCUAAUGGAUGAACCUCUUGGAUUGUUUACUAUUAACAGAACUAGUGGUGUUGUCCUUACUAAUAAACCAAUGGACCGAGAGAGACAAUCUCAAUAUAUAUUUAAAGGUAUAGCGACAGAUUCCGAUGUCCGGCAACCCAGAAGUGCCAGUGUUACUAUAGUAGUACAGAUUGAAGAUGUCAAUGACAAUAAUCCUUUUUUCUUAGAGAAUCCUCUUAAACUUCAAGUAUCCUUUCAAACACCUAUAAAUCAGGCAAUAGCGACUGUGCAAUCCAGGGAUUUAGAUUUAGGUCUGAAUGGAACAGUGAAGUUUCGGUUUGUGACACCAGCCACAAUACUUGAGAUGGAUUCAAAUACAGGUGAAAUAUUUCUUAAGGAACCUGUAUUUUACGAUGGCUUAUUCACCCACCACCUGAUAAUGGCAUGUGAUCAAGGGACCCCAGCUAGAACUGCUACAGCUGUUGUGAUCAUCUCUUCUAAAGCCCACACGGAAAUGAUUUCUUUCAGUCAUACUCAGUAUGAAGCAGUGGUUCCUGAAAACAGCGAAAUGGGUACUUCUGUUUUUACUGUUGCUGCUCAUGACCACAGUUUGAUGGAAAACAAUGUAAAAUAUACAAUCAUCAGUGAACAUGAGGAUAUUUUCUAUAUUCAUCCCAUCACAGGUAAAAUUACAGUAAAACAUCCUGUCUUUCUUGACUAUGAAGUCAGAAAGGAAGUGCAUUUUUCAGUUUUAGCUGAAAAUGGCAUGGCUUCAGCAGUGUGUGGUGUGACAGUAUUCUUACAGGACAUUAAUGAUAAUGCACCUCAGUUGAUUGUACAAGCUGCUGACAAAGGAAUCCCUGGACUAUUUGCUAAUUGCACGAUAGACAUAGAAGUUGUGGACAUCAAUGAUAAUGCUCCAACUCUGCAGCCAUUUGAUAUUAUCCAUCUCUCUGAAAGUUCACUGUUUCUUGUUAAGCCACUGACUUAUCAGUUCAGUCACCCAGAGAUUCAUCUCCUUAUAGAAGCCAGCGACCAUGGGAAUCCUCCUUUGACUGCUAUGACUUCUGUUAUAGUGCAGAUACAGGCUAUGAAUACAUACAUUCCUCUGUUUACAAUGGAAACCUAUACUUUUACUAUAAGUGAAAAUGCUUCAGUUGGGGAGAACCUGUUCACAUUCUCAGUUAAUGACCAAGGUAGAAAUCAUCAAGGCACCAAUGUUGUGUAUUCCAUCAUUGGUGGCAAUAACGAGAAUAAAUUCUAUGUGAAAAAGCUCAUAUUUGGGCCAGAAUAUUCAGAUCAAACAAUUGGAAAUCUUGUUUUGAGGAACACCCUAGAUCGAGAGAAAUGUUCAUCUUAUAAGUUGUUAAUUCUUGCAUCUGAUCCUAAAGCUGCUCAUCUAAAUUCCACUGCUACCGUGUCGAUUACUAUUUUAGAUGUUAAUGACAAUCCACCUGUAUUUACAAGUUUGGAAUAUCAUGUUCAUGUCAGGGAAGAUGUUCCAGUUGGUAGUUACAUUACUUCGGUGUCAGCAUAUGAUUAUGAUGCCGGAACCAAUGCAGAUGUCACUUACAACAUAGCCUCUGGAAAUGAUAAAGGGUACUUCCAGCUAGAAGGUAAAACUGGCUCAAUACAUCUGAUCAGAGCUCUAGAUUACGAGGCUGCUACGGGAUUCAACUUGACGGUCCAAGCUUCUGACGGAGGAAUAGUUCCGAAAAAUGUGGCGUUUGCUGUUGUUUUUAUCAAUGUCCUGGAUGCUAAUGAUUAUGUCCCCGUAUUUGUUUUCCCAAACCUCAAGUGUGGUGUACAGGAAAAUAUGCCUGCGUUUUCCUCUGUUUGCACAAUUUCUGCACUAGAUUUUGAUGUUGGUUAUCUUGCCUACUCUAUCCAGUCAUCUUGCUUGCCUAGUCAUGGAAAUCGUGGAGAUCGUAACCUGUUUAUAAUAGAUUCUUUGUCUGGAAAUAUCCACACCAAGCAGGUGCUUGACUUUGAACAUCAGAUUAAGUACUGUUUCAUUGCACAGGCAAAAGAUAAAAGCAAUUCCACAGCUACCAUUACUGUUUGGAUUAAUGUUGAAGGAUUAGAUGAACUUGACCCUGUGUUCAACCAAGAUGAAUAUUUCUUUUAUUUUCCCGAGAAGCAUGAAGCUGGGCAGUGGAUUGGUGAUGUAAAAGCGUCAGACUGUGAUGGUGGAGUGGAUGGUGUCAUUUAUUAUACUUUGUUAGGACAAUCUUUCUUCUUUUCGGUGAACUGUAGCAGUGGGUCUGUUUAUUUGGCUGGAUCUAUUCACAAAAACAGAAGCAGCAAGAAGGAGAAAGAUGGCACUUUUGAACUUCUAAUAAAAGCUCAUAGUCCAAAGCAGGACUCAAAGUCCAGCACCUGCACAGUUAUGGUAAACAUUUUUAAUAGCCCGGAGACCUAUCCCACAUUGCCAGCAGCUAACCUGUCUGUUAGCAUUGCCAUCUCUAUCAUAGUACUUUUGUUCUUAGCCAUCUGCCUUGCUGUGCUUAUUGGUAGAUAUAUACUAAAAGAUACCUGCAAGUAUAGCCUGAAGAAAGAGAUGCCAUGUCCCUCAGUUAUAGAUCUAAACAUGCAUAGACAAAAGAACUCAUCUAAACAUUUCCAAGAACCCCAAAUCCAUGGAACAACUAUUCUUCCUUUAGGGAGCACAGCUGAUUGGCUGGAUUUGAUUGGUACCAGGGAUAAAAGAAAUAUUGAUAGUUUUUGUGUACAAUCCAACUCACAUAGCCACGGACCAAUAGAAGAGAAAAUUGGAGAAAAUGUGGAACUAAAAACAAUUAAUGAACACCUUACUAGGAAGGGUACGAGAUCUGCUUUAAGUGACAAAUGCUCAUUUAUACCAGAUUCAGGAAUUUCAAGGGAUUCUGAUCCGUUUUCAUGUCAGUCUGGAGAAAAUAAGAUUAUGUACAUUUCUCAAAACACAGAAGCUCUCCAUUACUUCAGAGAACUACUCUGGAACAAAAUGGUGUCCCACACACUUGCAAAAGUGACAGUCAAAGAAAUUGAGAUAAUGACUGAUCUCACAAUGGAAUAUAUAGAAGCACCUGGGAGCAAGGAUCUUGUUACCCCAUUAGACUCUGUUAAAGAUCUUGGAGAGAAUCAUAACUGGAAUUGUUUGCUGAACUGGGAACCCAGCUUUAAGCCUCUUGCUUCUGUGUUCAGUGAAAUUGCAGAACUGCAGGAUGAAAGUAUCGAAAUACAUAAUUUUCCUAAAGGGGACAAAUCUUUCAUUUUUCCUCCUUUGCUUGCUUCUACAGCUCAACCUGAUUUAAAAUCAUAUUUCUCACAACUGCCAACUUCAUUGCCAGAUGCAUUUUAA